GAAAGAUGAAUUUAUUUUUUCGUUUAAUGAAAGAGCAAAAAAAGUUAAAAUCCCGCAAAUAAUAAAAGAACCCCAUUAGCUUCACUACUUCUGUUUGCAGUAGUCAUUCCCAAUAUCAUAUGAAUGAAAUAAGAGUGAGAGUCUCGGUAAUGACCCAUUAAUAACUAAACCGGUAUGUAGAAGUGAGAGGGAAAGCUCAAGGUAAACAACCCGUGCUGUGCCCCGUGCAUCUCUCGAUUCAUCGUGUAGGCCGUGAACGUUAAAUAUUUACGUCAAAAUAUGACUUUUACCAGUGUUUACCAAUAAUAAUUAUACAAGAAUUUUUACAAACUAUUUUUAAAAAAUGUGUACGAUUGAUUUACCUCGUGGAAAGCCUUUUUGCGCGGGUGGUUGUCCAGUGCCAGAAGGGAAUAAAACUUGUGGUGAAACUAGAACUUUAGAUAUUAUUAACGAAUUUAAAAGACUUUAUGAGAAGAAAAUGGAAGAAAUAGAUACAUCAAAUUGUGGAGAUUGCUUGCAGGAAAAACUUAAGCUUCAAUUCGACUGGAUUAACGAUUUAACUGAACAAAAUGAAAUGUUAGUUAAGGCUGUGGAAGAAUUAGAAAUGGAAGCCACAGAACGUGUUAAAAUGUUAGAAGAUAAGCUGCAAAAAAGUGCUGAAUGCAUAAGUGAGGGAAGGCAAAAACUGAAACAACAAAACAGUCAUAUUCACCAAUUAGAGAAAAAAACGUGUGAAGUGGAAUGCUUAUUAAAGGAGUUAAAAGCCAAAAAAGAAGAGUGUGACAGUCUUCAAAAGAAUAUGAUCGAUAUGCGACAAGCGUUAACUGAAGAAGUAGCAACAAAACACGAUAUCAUAUUGAAAUUGAAACGUGACUGCCAUGAAUUGGAGGAAAGAUGCAUCCAAGCCGAUAAACAAACUGCUUUUAGGGACGACAUCAUCAAAGGACUGAGGAAAGAAAUUAAACAGCUCAAGCAACAGGUGUCCUUUCCCGAAAAACCCUACCCCAAAGAUUCCGAUAUUUUAAGAAAAGAGGUUAAAGGCGAACAUAUACUAGUCAUAAAUCAUACUAGAAAAAUAAUCAAAAACGGAAAUACAACCGUUAUAUAUUUACGUCAUAAUUCAGAAACGGAAAAAGAACCCAAAAAUAACGAUUUUAAUGACGAUAAUGAAUUAAAAAAAGAAAUGGUAACCAGCGAGCACAUGUCUAAUUGUACAAAAUGUAGGUUAAAAUUACAUAAUAAAGUUGACAAAAUAACUGAGACAUUGAAUCAAAAGAUAUGUACCCUAAACGAAAAAGAAAAUCCCGUUGACAAAAUUAAAACUAAAAACGAAACCGAAGAUACAUUUCCCGUUUGUAAAUCAGAAAAUAACUUGACAUAUUUAAAUUCUAUAAAACACAGAUCAAAUUUGACCAUGCCCAGUGUUGCUCUAACCAGACGCCACACUUUUGAUAUUGCUUCAAACCAAAAAUCGAAAAAUUCAUUAUCCGAAGAGACCAAAUUGAUUUCUGUACCCGAACAUGUGCCUGUUAAAAUGUUGAUAAGCAAUCUGGAAGUUAAUAAAACCCAAAAAAAUUAAGCGUUGUUUUUUGAUUAGAUUGUUUGAAAAAUUAUAGUGGUAACAAGACAAUAGAUCAGGGAUAUUUUCAGGAGAAUCUAAGUUUGAGGGAAGAAGGUACGACAUUGAUUAAGAAAGUAAUCGAUUUGGCAUCAGAACUAGAAAUAGCGAAAUAUAAAAUUGAGACCUCACU